UCAGUGACCAGUCUAUUCCGGCGUGUGCGUUCUCGUCUGAAAUAGCAAAAUUGUUUUGAAUUAAAGGUGAUUUUAUUCAUAGACGUGCAAUCAUGUUGAAUGACGGAUCACAGGUGCUACUUUCUGUGGAAGCGGAAGCUUAUUUGGAAGCCCUUGAGAAAUUUACAGUCAAAGAUGUAGGCAAUAUCAGCUGGACGAGGCAACAUGAACACAUCGAGAAGUUGAACAUGCAGGCAGCUAUUAGUGCUUCAGCACACGAAGAUGAAUUUGUUAAAGAGAGUUUAAUUAGUCUGGGAAAGAUUCCCGUUUUAAUUCAUGAUCUGUUGGUGACAGAGGUAUGGAAAGAAAAAGUAUUUCCAGAACUGCUUGAAAUGGAAUUCAAUCCUAAGACUACAUUUCCUUUGUAUAUGGUUCUGUAUCAUGAAGCCACUGUGGCUAACUUGUUGGAAACUGUCAUGUUUCAUUGUGAAGUCUGCGAAUCUGCAGAUGAUGCAAUUCUCGAUCUUGUUGACUAUUGCAACAGAAAGCUGGUGUACCUUGUUACACAAACUGCAGAAUCUGAUGAUGAAGCUGACAUUACAGAGGAAGUGGUCACAUCGGCUACCUCGGCCUCUACAAUGGAAGAAUUGGAGAGGCUAUCCAAGAAAUUAGAUUUUGACAUCAGCAUCAAAGCCUUGUCGUUGUUGAGAUAUGUUACAGAUCAUUUUGAUGUACUUCCGCUGAGUAUUAUGACACGAAUCCUGAACACUCACGACAUUCCUAUUAUAUUGGUGGAGUUGGUGCAAAAUCCACCAUGGACUCGCAGAAAAGAAGGUCAACUUUACAAGUAUAUUGAGAAUAAGUGGCAACAAGUCUCCAAUGAAGACCGGUUCAAAGUGACUAAAAUAGAAGGACAGAUCUGGAUAGCGUUAUUUCAUUUGCUGAUGGAACAGAACUGCCAGCAGAAAUAUGAUCUGAAUUCCCACAGAAAAAAUACAUUACUGAAGCUGCGGUCCCACCUGACUGAGGUGAUGCUAGACCAGCUUCCUAUCUUGGCAGAAAUGCAGAGAUACCUUGAACAGCUGUCAAUGGUGGAACCCCCUCCAUUCAAAAAGGAUCUGGUGCUGGAACAGGUUCCAGAAAUCCGUGAUGGCAUACUCAGACAGUUUGAUGGUCGAUGGAGCAAGCUUGCAAAGCAUCAAGCGAAGACAACGUUCAACCCUACUGACGACAUGAUUAAAGAACAAGCUAAGAGAUUUGUCGACACCUACAACUUUGAUAUCUUGGAAGGUCUUCUCACAGAUCCUCCCAAGUGUGCAGUGUGUGGGGAGCCAGCCAGUAAGAGAUGCUCCAGGUGCCAGAAUGAAUGGUAUUGUCGAAGGGAGUGUCAGGUGAAUCACUGGAAAAGGCACAAGAAGGCCUGUGACCUUCUGUUUGAAUCAGAAAAGAACUCGAAACAAGCAGCAGACAAAUCUUCACAGCCGACAUCAUGACGGAAAAACUGAAUCAAUUAUUUAUAGAUCACCAAGGAUCCAGAACAAUUCCAUCGAGUUGCUUCCUUUAGCUAUUUGUUUUUCUCUAAGAAAGACAAAAUAUGCCAAAACUUGUCGACCACUUAAUAUACUUAAUUCAUAUUUGAGGUUGUCCAUUUUUUAAUGCUUUGAAUGGGACUACAAGAUAAUGUCAGCUGUUAAACUAAUACAAAUAAUACAAGAUUUAAGAAACAUUCUAAGGUAUUCUUGUGAACAGUAAGGUAAUCCAUGAACUGUCAAAAACAUUCCAUUAAGUCGAGCCUUAUCUCAUCCAUUCCAAUAACUCAAACACUAACUUUGACAUUCCCAGUACAUUAUGAUAAUUGCAAAGUCAUCCGUAGCCAUUGACAAACAUUCCAUUAAUUUAUUUCAGACCUCAAAUAUUCCAGUAAUUAAUUCAUCACCUUUAAAAUUCCAAGUACUUCUAAAGAUCAAUAAUUCAUGAUUGGUUAUGUCUUUUUCUCACUUGGCUUGUUGGUAACACCUCCAUGGUUUAAUGAAGGAAGGAAAUGUUUUAUUUAACGAUGCACUCAACACAUUUUAUUUACAGUUAUAUGGCAUCAGACAUAUGAUUUAGACAAAUUGCAAAAUGAUUAGAGAUGAUGUAAAUGAAUUUCCUCAUUUUGAGUAAUUUCUGAUGAAUCAAAUGAAAGGAAAUGUUUUUUUAUUUAACGAUGCACUCAACACAUUUGUUAUUUACAGUUAUAUGGCAUCAGACAUAUGGUUAAAGACCACACAGAUAUUGGGAGAGAAAACCUGCUGUCGCUACUU